CUGUUUUUCGGAAUGAUGAUUGAUGUAGGUGUUCAUUCAGUUAUUUAUUUGAUUCUUGCUUUCAUUUUGGAUCGUGCUGCUCAUCAUCACAGCCAAAUGGCUACACAGUCAAACUCUCCUCCGCCUCCUCCUCCUUCUACUGGUGUAACAUCGCAUUCGUCGUCACCACCAUUGAAGCGGACUAGAAAGGCCUCACGCCUAAGAUUAUUGGCGACUAGACCAGUUGGGGCAGAGAGACCCCUUGUCCAUGUGGAUCCUGUUACUGGCAAAACAGACGGUCCCCACAGCAAGAAAUUUAGAACAUAUUUAGGGAUCGUUGCUCGUGAUAAGGUGGAUGUCACAUACGAAAAUUGGAAGCAUGUCCCUAUUACUCAGAAGGAUUUGAUAUGGGAGGAUAUUCAGGCUGAAUUUGAUAUCCCUGAAGCAUCUGAUUUAAGGACAAAAAAGAAAAUACUUCAGACUGUGGGGGAGCGGUGGAGACAGUUUAAGUCUGAUUUGACGUCGAAAUGGGCACUUGCAGCUGACAAGGAUAGUGUUGAUGACACUGUAUGCAAAAUGUACGGCAUUAGCAAGGAGAAAUGGACCCAAUUUUGCCAGAGCCGUAGAGACCCUUCAUGGGAGAAUGUUCGAAAAAAAGCACAAGUUGUCCAAAAACAAAACACUGCCCCUCACGUGAUGUCUCGUGGGGGUUAUGAAUAUUUAGAAAAAAAGUUGAUGGAUGAGAAGAGAAAGAAAAAACUAGAGGAAGCAACUCAAUCCGGAAGCACUGACACCGUCAUUGAUCCUCCAUCUCCCAUCAAACGACACGUGAAGUGGAAGCUAGCCCGCACCAAGAAAACUGGUGACAUGACAUCUGAAGCAGCAAAGGAAAUUGCUGACAAGAUUGAUGCGCUUGAGGAGCAGGCCUCACAGGGUUCCUUUGUUACCCAUGGACGUCAUGAUAUACUGACUGCUGCCAUUGGGCGACCAGAACACCCUGGUCGUGUGCGUGCUGUAGGAGCCGGUAUAACCAUCAAACAAUACUUUGGAUCAGCUUCAAGGACCUCCUCCAUUGCUCCCGAAUACCUGCAACAGUUGACGCAACAAAUCAAGGACCAACUAGAGGAUUCAAUCACAGAAAAAGUCACUCGACGGCUAAUGUUAUCCCUCAGCCAAAUGCAAUCACAGGGACUCGCACUGCCUCAUGAACCUGAUGUUGGUCCUUUAGCUGCUCGUGUCAGCACAAAGGAGAGUUGUGUUGAUCCCUCAGGGAACGAUCUAGACACCGGUGACUCAUACAAAUGUUGGUGUUGA